ACCUAGUGAUGAUGUCCUGGCCCACAUAGAGCAGAGUAGUGGGUGCUGUCAUUCAGCUCUUGUAUACACACUUGUGGACAGUGGAGGAUUACUCUAUCGGGACAUCUCCAGCUACAGGAAAGGGGAGGAGAGAUUUAACAGCACUUCCACUGUCUGAUCAUCAGAGCUCAAAGCCCUUCUUAGACUGUCUCAGGACAAGUGUACACAUGAGUAAUCUUACUACAUGGAGCAAGCCUACUAACUGAGGUCAACAACAGGGGACUAAAGGAGCAAACCUUUCUGUGGAACAUAUACAGAUCUCUGACCUAUGACAAGAUGAUGAGAUACAAAACUGCGUCCACUGUCACAACGACAUCAGAAACAGGCGCUGCCCAGAAACCGGGGAACAUUUGUCGGCUGAGACUCACUUUGCCCGCUGAUGGGAAUGUACGAUCACAGGAGAAAGAAUCCAAGAAUGAAAAUCAAAUACAUGUUGAUAUUAAAAACACAGCUGACAGGAGGAGGAAAAGAAAUGGCUAUAUAUCUGAAAGAACUCCAUCUGAGCCACCAACCCUUCACCUUUACACUGUUCCUAGAAGGACUCCAUCUUCUGGAACGCCUCCCCAUGGUGUAGUUUAUGGAGUUGUGCAAAGGGCUGAAAACAAUCAUCAGAAUGAGGUUGUUGUUUAUGAAUGGUCUUCCCAUCAGCUGAAAGAAGAGAUGAACUACAUUAAAGAUGUGAGAGUAACCCUGGAAAAAAUACGAGAGAAAAUGUUUGGUGAAUAUGACGAUAUGAAAGAGAAAAUGAAACGCCUCACACAAGAAAUGAAAGUUUCAUCAGCAAAGCAAGACUUAUUGGAGCACCAUUCCCACAAACAAGCAUCUGUCAUAGACAGUCUUGAUUCAGUUAAUAGCUCUUUAAAUGCUUCCUCAGUGGACAUACAGAAAACACUGGUGGAUAUGACAUUGGAAAACUGCAGUAUCAAAGACGAGGUGAAGAGCUUGAAACAUUCCUUUGACAAGUCCUUAGAUAAAUUAAAAGAAAAACAGGAGCUGCUGGAAGCUGCACAAGCAGAAAAUCAACAAUUAAAAAUCAAGAUAGAAUCCUCUCAGGAAGCCAACGCUAACGUCUUGCGAGAGAUGACAAGAAAAUUGUACAGUCAAUACGAAGAAAAGCUCCAGGAAGAGGAAGUUAAAUAUAAUACAGAAAAAGAAGUUCUUAUUAGACAGACAAAACAGUACAUACAGGCUGUUGAAGAUGCCAGUGAGAAGGUCCAAGUAGCAGAGGCCAAGAUAGAAGAACGUGAUGCAAAGAUUUCAGAACUUGACAAGUUAGUCCAGCGAAUGCAGCAGGAAAGGGAACAACUACAAGUGCAGUUAACAAGCCAUGAAGAGCGAAUACAGAGGCUUGAUGCUAAAAUGGAGAUAACGGCAUCAGAGAGAGCAAGGACACAGAAUUUAGAAGAGGCUGCAACAAGUUUACGGCAGAGAAUUAAGCACCUAGAUGACAUGGUUCACUGUCAACAGAAGAAAGUAAAGCAUAUGAUUGAAGAGAUCGAGCUUCUAAGGAAAAAGGUCCACUACAAGGACUUGCUUAUUCAACAACUGCUGGAAAGGAUAGCACUUUUGGAAGGAGAGAAUAAUGAAUUACAAGACAAGAUGGAAUACUUAAUGGCAAAUCAGCCAAAGGAAACACCAGAGACGAAAGAUGCUGAGACAUCCUGUGAUCUCCAACAGAGUGUACCCGUGAAUAUACCAACAACUCCAGUCACUUCAGAUGUAUCCAUGAAUGCACCAGCAAGUCCAAGCACUCCAGACAAAGGAAACCUCAUUUGGCUUUGUAAAAUACAGAAUUGCUCAAGACGGACCAAUUAUGGGAUAGAGAAUCUAAGUCCGAUGAACUAUGAUUAAUGGUUGCAAAGAAAAUGGCAUAGAAGCUAAUGGAAAACCACCUUAUCAGAGGUCAUACACCCCUUACAUGAGAGUCUUGCA